AUGGACUCGGUCUCCUGUCUCGAGUUGGCGCUCGAGGGCGAGCGUCUGUGCAAGAUCGGCGACUUCAGCGGCGGCGUUGCCUUCUUCGAGGCUGCCGUCAAGUGCGGCACCAGUGACAUGAAGACGCUCUCCGCCAUCUACUCACAACUGGGCAACGCCUACUUCUACUUGGGAAACUACCCCAAGGCGAUGGAGUACCACAAGCUGGACCUGACAGUUGCCAAGUCCAUCUCAGACCGCAUCGGCGAAGCGAAGGCAAGUGGUAACCUCGGCAACACACUGAAGAUGAUGGACCAGUAUGACGGUGCUACUACCUACUGCAAGCGGCACCUCGAAAUAUCACGUGAACUAAAUGAUAAGGUUGGAGAAGGACGGGCUCUGUACAAUUUAGGAAACGUGUACCACACCAAAGCCAAAAACCUCGGUCAUCUCGGCAGUCAUGAUCCUGGCAAUUAUCCGGACGAUGUGAAAAGCUGUCUGGAGACAGCUAUCAAUUACUACAAAGAAAAUCUGGAACUAAUGAUCAAACUGGGAGACCGAUCUGCUCAAGGUAGAACGUACGGCAAUCUGGGCAAUACUCACUACCUUCUGGGAAAUUUUACUCAAGCUGUCCGAUAUCACGAAGAAAGACUAAAAAUUGCCAUUGAGUUCAACGAUAAAGCCGCUGAACGGCGAGCUCAAUGCAACCUCGGAAACGCACACAUAUUUUUGGGUGAAUUUGAAAAGGCGGUGGAGAAUUACAAACAAACGCUAAUUUUAGGCGAAGAACUGAAAGACCAGGUGAUUGAAGCACAGGCGUGCUACAGCCUGGGCAACACGUACACCCUUCUUCGAGACUUCAAGUUGGCCAUCGAGUACUACCUUAGACACCUGGUCAUUGCUCAAAAGCUAAACGACCGAAUCGGCGAGGGACGAGCGUACUGGAGUCUGGGAAAUGCAAUGCAGGCCGUGGGCGAACACCAGAAGGCCAUUGACUACGUGCAGAAGCACCUGGACAUCUCCAAAGAGAUUGGCGACAUCACCGGACAGGAGAACGCCCAGAUCAGCAUCAGCGAGCUGCGCCAGAUACUAAACCAGGAGUCAACGGUGAAUGAUCGCGUGAAGAACAUCAUGAGGCCGAAGCGGGUGAGCAUGAACAAGAUGGAGCUGGUGCCCAUCACGCCGGACGCAAAGAAGGCUACCAUGAUUGAGGCGUUGAACAAGGGGGUCGGCAACAAGAACGAGAAGACGACGAAGGCCCGUGCCGCCAGUGUGGAGUGCAUCAGCAAAAGUCAUGAGGACUUUUUCGACCUGGUGUCCAAAUUCCAGAGCAAGCGAAUGGACGACCAGCGGUGUUCGAUUGACGUCCCAGGCAACAACAACAAGGAGAACAACCACAGCAAGCUGAUUGCUGCAAAAAAUAUGUCCCUCGAUAUUGGCGGCCACUGCUCGCAGAAGGGCAGUGCGCCCAUUGCCAGUAAAGUAGUGAGCGGGAAAGCCAUCGCCGAGGUCGCUGUCGGAGGAAAUGGUGGCGGAGGUGGCGAAGAUCUCUUUGAUCUGAUUGUGGGCAUGCAGGAGCGGCGAAUGGAUGACCAGCGGGCGACACUGCCGCAGCCACCCAAUCUCAAUGGGUUCCCCUUCAAGGAGAACAAAGAAAAUGUGACCCGACACGUGACGACGACUAGCGGUGGGGCAGUUGCUCCAUAA